UCUUCUACUCAACAAACCACUCGAGAGUUUCUUAUUUUCAUGGAUUGAGCAAAACAAGUAGAAAGAGAAGAGGAAGAUAACUUCAAAAGCUCGCGCAAUGGACAAAUUCUCGUACAACUCGUAUCCAGACUCGGCUGAAUCGUCGCCUAGAUCUCGCGAGGUCGACUUUGACAACCCACCGCCAUGGGAGGACCAGCAGCAACAGACACAUAGCUACAAGGUGAGGUUCAUGUGCAGCUAUGGCGGCAAGAUCCAGCCGCGUCCACACGAUAACCAGCUUACCUAUGUAAACGGCGAUACCAAAAUCAUGUCCGUCGAUCGCGCCAUCAGAUUUCCCGCUUUGGUUUCGAAGCUCUCCGCCAUCUGCGGCGGCGGCGGAGAUGCCGGCGAAAUCUCGUUCAAGUAUCAGCUUCCAGGUGAAGAUCUCGAUGCGUUGAUCUCGGUGACUAACGAUGACGACCUCGAGCACAUGAUGCACGAGUACGACCGGUUGCUUCGUAUGUUCUCUAAACCAGCCAGGAUGCGUCUGUUCCUCUUCCCGUCUUCUCCGAUUUCCGGCGGAUUUGGCUCCGAAGGUUCGACCAAAUCCGAACGGGAGACGAUAAAUCCAAUCCAUAGCCGACCUGAAUCAGAGAAAUCCGUAGCCGCUCCUCCCAAUAAUGCCGAUUUCUUGUUUGGAUCGGAGAAAGUAGCUCCAGCUCCGCCUCCUCCAUCAGCCGCCGUGAUGGUGCCUCCUCAACAGAUUCAGGACCCGGUGGCUCUUGAACCUCCGAUGUUCGCAAAUCAACAAGUGAUACAACCGGAACACGGAAUAAAUCCGGCGGAGAUUCAGAGACAAAUCCAUGAAUUUCAGAUGAUUCAAAUCAGAGAUCAAGAGCAACAACAGCAACAGAUGCAACAUCAACAUCAGCUCCAACAACAACAACAACAACAACAACAACAACAACAACAACAACAAGAUGCUAUGUAUAGAAGAAAGAGCGAAGAAAUGGAAGCAGGACGAUACUUCAGCCCAACAUACGCUCAAAAUCCGGCGGCGACAACAGUAUCUCAGACGAAUCCACAACCUCCGGUUGGGUACUGGCAAGGAAAUAGCAACAUCCCAGGGAACAACAUCUACACAACAACGUCACCGAAUCUACCGGAGCAGCAGGUAUACAUGAUUCCAGCUCAAUCCCAAGCUCCUGGAGCAUUAUACCAUAGCGUGAUGAGACCAUCGGCACAAGGAAACCAAGGCUAUUACCCAUCUGUUCAGCGAAUCAAUCAUCCCGAUGCAUACAUGGAGCAGCAGAACCAGCAAGGCUACAACGUGGUUCAACCACAGCCACCGUAUUCAGGUGGUCCACAAGUUAUGACUAGCGGUGGGCCAAUGGGUUUACAGGAAACGACGCCGUAUUCACAGAUGGGGAAUCCUGUCUACUAUACUGUGGCUGGUGAAGGCAUGAUGGUGCAGCCGCAACAGCAACCGGCUCAGCCUCAGCCGCAGUACCAGGGAAUGGGUCAACCGGUUAGUGGCAUGACCGAUCUGAGAACCGGACCGGAUGGGAAAGUGGUGGUUAACACGGCACCAAAAGUGUCGCAAAGUUCAGAUUUGGUGUGAGUGUGGGAUGUUGAGAAGGAAUCGAAGAACAAGCAAGAAAACUUAUUUAGCCCAAAAGCACACUGGCCCAUAAUUUUGACCCAGCAUUGUUUUGAAAACCGGUGAAAAAGGGUUCGAGAUUUCUUGGGUGGCAAGAAAAGAGGGUAUGUGAAGACUGUUUGCCUCUUGUUAUUAUUUUUUUCUUUUUCUUUUCAAAAUCAUAAAAAGUUAAUAACUCCACGAAGUAAUUUUGGCUGGUGGCAAGUAAAUAGGAGU